AUGGGAAAAUUCAUCCACGUCACUGGCAAUCCUGCCACGGGAUGUUUCCUAGAGUUCAAGCGCAACUACGAUAUCAAAGACACCGAUGGCGAGUACCAGAUUCUCCCUGUUGCAGAGGUUGAUGAACGUUUCGUUGCUACCACGGUGGCUGGUGCCCAGAAAACUCGCGAUACUAUUGCGCGUGAUCGCCUGGAGUCGGUCGCGACCAUUAUUAAGCCCCCUCCUCGCAGUCCGAACCCCUUCGACCCUUCAAAUGAAAGAUGCCAGUCCUGGAUUCACCGUUAUGUUCAACAGCUUGUUGAAGAGGGUUUAGUUGAUGGUAGCGCCCUCUCCGUGAUCCAGACUGCUCCAAGGGUGCUGUGA